CCACGCUACCCUUUCACCUCCCGGCGGUUGGCUAACGUGGACGUGCGACUCGGUGGCCGGCUGAGGAGCUGGGGCCGCACGGCCCCGGGGAGUUGGGCACGCGGGCGGCGACGGCGUCCUUCGCGGCACGGCUCGGCCUUUCCCGGGAAGGAGCGAUGGGGCGCGCGGGCGCCGGGGAGCGGGCGCCGGUGUAGUACGCGCGGCGCCUGGACUGGGAGCGCGGCGGCGGUGGGCGCGGGGAGGCCUGUAAGGGCCGCCGCCCCGAGCACCCGGCCUCCGGCGUCAUGGCCCCCAUGGGCAUCCGCCUGUCCCCGCUGGGGGUGGCCGUGUUCUGUCUGCUGGGGCUCGGCGUGCUGUACCACCUCUACUCGGGCUUCCUGGCCGGCCGCUUCAGCCUCUUCGGCCUGGGCAGCGAGCCCGGCGGCGGCGCGGCGGGGCCCGUGGCCGCGGCGGACGGGGGCACCGUGGACCUGCGCGAGAUGCUGGCCGUGUCGGUCCUGGCCGCCGUCCGCGGUGGCGACGAAGUGAGGCGUGUCCGCGAGAGCAACGUCCUCCACGAGAAAUCCAAGGGGAAGACGCGCGAGGGAGCCGACGACAAGAUGACCAGCGGGGACGUGCUGUCCAACCGCAAGAUGUUCUACCUGCUCAAGACCGCCUUCCCUAAUGUGCAGAUAAAUACAGAGGAACAUGUGGAUGCAACCGAUCAGGAGGUUAUCUUAUGGGAUCGUAAAAUUCCUGAGGACAUCCUGAAGGAAAUAGCCACCCCUAAAGAGGUACCAGCGGAAAGUGUUACUGUCUGGAUUGACCCACUUGAUGCUACACAGGAAUAUACAGAGGAUCUUCGAAAGUAUGUCACUACUAUGGUUUGUGUGGCUGUAAAUGGUAAACCUGUGCUAGGAGUAAUACAUAAGCCAUUUUCUGAAUAUACAGCUUGGGCAAUGGUAGAUGGUGGGUCAAAUGUGAAAGCCCGCACUUCCUACGAUGAGAAGACCCCAAGGAUCGUUGUGUCUCGCUCCCAUUCAGGGAUGGUCAAACAGGUUGCUCUUCAGACUUUUGGAAACCAGACGACAAUUAUCCCUGCUGGUGGUGCUGGUUAUAAAGUUUUAGCGCUCUUGGAUGUACCUGAUAAGAGUCAAGAAAAAGCUGAUCUAUAUAUUCAUGUGACAUACAUCAAAAAGUGGGAUAUAUGUGCUGGCAAUGCCAUCUUAAAAGCCCUUGGGGGGCAUAUGACCACCCUGAGUGGUAAAGAAAUCAGUUACACCGGUGCCGACGGCAUUGAGGGGGGGCUCCUGGCCAGCAUCAGAGUGAACCACCAAGCUCUGGUCCGAAAACUCCCAGAUCUGGAGAAGACAGGACCUAAAUAAGCAAGUGAUUACAGAUCACAGCUCUUCAGAGAUGGAUGGUCAGCCUGAAAUGCUGGAGGCUUCAAAGGAUGGGUGGAGACUGCAUGGUUAAGGCCAUCCCGAACUUUUUAAAGUAUUUAUGAAGCAUCAGAGACUUAUUUUCCCUGUAACAGGAUGCAGGAUCAGGGAAAUGGGUUGCUAUGUGUCUCAAGUAUUGUCUUUAUUUUUGAGACUAUUUUCAUACAGUUGUCAUACACAAGGCGCAUAUGUAUGUAUGUAUAUAUAUAUAUAUAUAUAUAUAUAUAUAUAUAUAUAUAUAUGUUUGUGAAUUAAAAUCUAUAACUGAGUCUACAUUGCUGUGAGUCACCAUUUCCACACAUCAUGAAUCUUCACUGUUGGUUCUUUCAUAUAGAAUUGGGCUGAAGAAAGGGUCAAUUUCUUGUAGAUGUUUAAUGUUACUUUAUGCUUAUAUCUCAUUUAAAAUAAAGUGAUUGGGGGUUUUUACCCCUAAUUCAGAUGGAAAGCACAAGAAGCCACACGUUCGUUAAUAUGCAACAAAUGCUCUAUUUAUCUGUUAGUGAGGAUUUCUUAUGGAUUAAAAUAGAAAGAGCUUAAAUUGUUUUUAUUUCUUUGAAACUUUAAUAACAGGUUCACCAGCUAGUAGAGAAUAUAGAUAUAUAUAGGAUGGUUGCGUUGUGUUUUCUCUGUGUGUGUGCGUGUGUGUGUGUUUUGUUUUAACAAGAAAAGUGUGUUUGUACUCAUGGUUUCAACCUUUCUGCCAUCUUGCUGUUGAUUUUCAUUUGCCCUGUGGACAGUGCAUGAGUCCAUCAUUUUCCUCUUGACCAGCAUUUAGUCUUUAACAUGUAAGAUUUGAAUUAUGGUUUCAGGGUUAGCACUAGCUUUUUGGUACAUUUUCUCAUUAGGGACAAAAUAUGCUAUAAGGCACUACAGAAAUAUAAACAAUUCUAUUAUUAAUUGAAAGUUAUUUGACACUGUAUGAAUUGAGUUAGCUUUCAUUAUUUUCAAAAGCUUUCUUUAAGUACUUUUAAAAAAUGUUGCCAGGUUUGUGUAUAGGGAUUCUCUCUCUCAUUAUCGAGAAUGAGUUACGGUUGCUUUUGCCAUGGUUGCUUUUACCAUUAAUAAAUGGAUCUAACCUAACCAAACUCUCAAAAGUAGUAACUUUUGAGAUAAUUUAUAGUUUCCCUUUAUAUUAAAAUGAAGGUUAAAGUUAACUUUUUGAUGCAUUUAAAAAAUUUUUUCUCUUCAGUAUGAAGAAUCUGGCUGGAAGAAAGGUUGUGGCAUACUCACUGUGUAGCUGUAAUUAGAACCUUGCUUUGUGAGCUAUCAUUGUGGUAUCUGAAAGCUUCAUGUAUACAAACAAACCCUUAUUUCAUGGGACUUUGAUGUCCUUGUAUUCCAUAAUACACUGAUGAGGAGAGGGAUUUUUCAUGGUUUGUUUCCUUUUUUUUAAAUUUUUAACCCUAAAGCAACUUUCCAUUUGUUUUCCUAUGUUGGAGGUAUAAUUGACCAAAGAGUAGACAUCCUCAGCUGGUAGAAAGUGCAUACAACUUUAGGUUUGCAUAUUACACUGCCCAAAGCCCUUCAACUCCUCAUUAGGGAAUUAAACCUAGUAUCAUGCAUUUGUUUCCAUCCAACCUCUAGCAACUGGUCACGAAUCUUAUAGAGUAAUGGGCCUCAAUAGGUAGGACUUUUUCUUUUUUAGUUUCAAGGUAGGCUUUUGUUCAGUAAAAACUUGCUCAAAGUUUUGGUAGUAGGAACACUUGACAUUUAAAUAGGACUUAGGAAUUCUAAGUCCUGAACAGAAUAUUGAAGACCUCAUCUUCUUAUUUUGCAAUGACAUGAAGGGGUCGUUUUGUGUCAGGAGAGCUGGCAGAGGCAUGUGCUGUUUCCUGAGUCAUAGUAUAAAAGCAUUUGUGUCAUUGUAAGCAUAUCAAAGUUAGGGAAAUCGGAGUGGCAUAGUGGGAAAUGGAAUUUAAAUGGAAUUUUUCCCCCAAUAUUACAUUGGAAACUUAUUAUAUAAUGGAAAUGAAGCUAGUUCAUAUUAGCAAGCAUGAUUGCUUUUGGUUUUAUUUUUAAUUUUAUUAAUCUGCAUAUAGGUAAUAACUGAAGGACUUAUGUGCAAAAAUUAAGAUAAUGGCUGUCAGUUAAAUGCAUUAUUUUUACAAUUCGUUGGUUAUAGUCCAGUUACUAAUGAUUUUUAAGUGCUUUCAUAGAAAGUCCCAUUAAAAUUUUUUUUGUUUCUAAAAGUCAAUAUACAUUACAGAAUAUAACUACAAAGAACACUAUUUAUAUUUAUGUAAGACAUUAUUAUGCCAGAACAUACCAGUAAAAAACCUUGAUGAAUAAGGGAGGCAUAUAUCUCCCAGAAUUACAUAAAUAAAAUUAUUUCUAAACUGGAGCAAAAUAACUAGAGUUUACUUUUAGUGACCCUUACUCCCCAGCUCCUGAUUUUUCCUUUCCCUCAUCUUUGCCCUUAUUUAGAGGAUAAUUUCCCCCUUAAAAUUGAGUUUUACACAUCAUAUUUAGUAAAAGCAGAGACAUCAAUAACCUUAGUAGCCAUCAGCUGUCCCCUCCCUCUGCCUCUUCAUUUCUGCCUCUUCCCUAUCUCUAACCCAUAAUGUUCUAUUAUUUCUGCUCCUCCUUCUUAACCAGUAUAUUCCCUCUUCCCCAACACUUGUCCAGGAAUUCUUGCACAGACCUAGUUCUCUCAAGAUUGGCUGCUGGUAUCUUACAGUAGAACUGAGGCUCUAGUCAAGUUCCCAGUGAGGGAGAUCAGUCCUGGAGGAAUCCUGCUUGACCAUUACUCUUCAAAAACUGCAAAAAGUAACAUCACUUGCAAACCACAAAGCUUUAAACUGUCAGAUCUAAUGCAGUGCUUCUGUCUUUGCAAAGCAUUUCUUCCGGCCCAUCCUUCAAAGAAUGAAAAUGCAGAAAAUACAAGAGAGUUGGGUAUAUAAACCUGUUUGAGAGAAUUUGCUUUUUCUAUCAGUUUUCAUACUUACAUGCCUAUUUCAGUGAGAUUACAAGGGCCUACAAGAUGGGUCAUAUUUGUCUUUGGUAUUCAAUUGUUCCCUUUUCCCCAAUUUUAAUGGUUUUUUUUUCUUGAUUUUAAAUCAAUAUUCAAGUGACUUGUUUAGCUAUAUAAUGAAGUACCAAAUGUUUGAGUUUAUGUGUUUUAGGUAAUAAUUGUGCAAACUCUUCCUGUUUGCUGGGUGCCCUGUUUGCUGGGUGCUCCGGUUGAGUAUUGUGCAAACUGGAUCAGAGGAGGCGGGAGAGGGGCAGUGGCUAAGAGAAGGGUGGGAAAGGAAAAGAUAGCUCAGGGGAAGAGUAGCAGAGGGAGAAUGCAAAGCAAACACCUGCCAGGACACCUGCGAUCAGGAAUUCUGCCCUUCUCUCAGAUGUUGAAUUCAAAAAUUGGAUUUCACUCAGGUUUUGAAGGUGA